UUAUUUUCUGGGAUUUGCAUCUAACUCUAGUUUAGUUUGCUACAAACGAAGUGUAAAGUAGCUGUGAGCUGCGACCAGCAUUAUUGUUUGCUGAUCUACAAAUCUUAUAGCCUCUCAACAAGAUGUCAAUCUCUUCCUUGGAAAACUCUCCCAUCCAAGGCAUUCGCGGCACUGGUUCCGUGUCUGACUGUGACCAAGAGACGCACUCCCCUGUCAGUGUUUGCAGUAGUGACCAUGCACCACAGAGCGACAGGCCGGAGCGAAUGAGAGAGUGGAUUAUCAGAAUGAUCAACUCUGGUCGCUUCCCUGGCCUUGAGUGGAUCAACAAGGAAAAAGAUAUAUUUCGUGUUCCUUGGAUCCAUGCAAAGAAGCGUGGCUACGAUCGCAAACGAGAUGCAGCUAUUUUCCGUGAGUGGGCCAUCCACAGUGGCAAGUACCGUGAAGAUGGUGACCCCACAACAUGGAAGAUAAAUUUUCGGUGUGCUAUCAAUGGCCUCAAGGACAUUAUGGAAAUCAAAGACAUGCAGCAGGAAGACUGCCGUGUAUACAAGGUCUUGCCUAGCCGUGGUCGCAUGCGAAGACGCCGACCUAUCAGUGUUCGUCACGAACCGUAUCCAGCCAGCUGCACUGCACCGACCUACCCUGGAAUUCCUGAUGGUGCUCACCACUACUUCCCCAUGCCGUCAACUACCGCUCACCCAUCUCCACUCAUGAAUCCAUCCUACCAGACCAAUAUCAAACUGGAACCGUUUGACUCGACUAUGAUCCCGUAUCAGCCCAUAUCUAGGUCUGGCACUGUCUUCUCAUCGUGUGCUCAUGAACCCUCCAUGUUCUACUCGUACACCGGCCACAUACCAGAGCAUCUGAAUAUGGGCGAGGCUUCAUAUCCUGACCUCCAAAGUCACAUGCAGGAGCAAAAAUUUCACCCUCUUCUCCCGCCACCUUCAACCAUCCUGACUAAUAAGACCAGUGAUGUUAUACCACUGUGCAGGCACGACUCGCCAGACUCAGGAAUUGGAACUGGUAAGGAUCCUCGUAGCUCGCCUCUGAUGUCUCACAGCUCACCCCAGCAUUCUCCCGCUGCCGUCAUGUCACAAGGACAAAACUCUCCAAUUCAACAGCACUCACCCCUUUUAUCUCAGCAGAAUUCCCCUCUACAGUCACAGCCCUCUCCAGUAAUGUCCAGUUGCUCUAUUGGUGUACCCAGUCCUGCUUCAGUAGUGAGCAGCACUCCUCUCAUUGAUGAUGGGAAUGAAGUGGCUCAGUUUUUUGAUGAGCUUGAGAGCAAUCCAUCGUCCUCUCCUCUCCCCAGCACUCCUCCACCACCUUCCAAUGAAGUAAACAUCCGUGUUUUUUAUGGCUCCAUCCCUAUUCACUCUGAGAAUGUUGACUGUACCAACGGCUGUAAGAUCUUUGCUAAUGGAGAUUUGAGCAGGAGUGAUGACGACAUGAUUUCAAACUGUUUUGGACCUACUAGUGCUCACACCAUCUGUCUUCCUGACAGCCAUGCCCACCCUGCAGCCAAGCAGGUAUUUGGAGCAAUGAAACGAGGUUUUCUUAUUGAGUCUCGAGAUGGAAAUAUCUACGUUACCCCCCUAUGUCGCACAAUGGUGUACUGUGGAAAUUCUUCGUCUGAUCCUGCCGUGUCCCUCGAAAAAGAAAAAUGCUCAAAGGUGUUUGACUACAAUGCCUGCUUCCGCCCUGCCUUGGAUCACUAUGCAUUUAACCCCGGUAAAUCUCCCAACCCAUACUUCAUUUUAAGCCUUGGUCAAACUUGGGGACCUGGUCGCCAUGUGACCGAAAACCUUGUCUCCAUUGUUGUUACUCACUCUCGUGCCAAACAUGAAAUUGAAGCUAUUGGUCUCACUCACUUGCUCACGAAAGACUUACUGAUUGACAUGCCAGACACAGUCGACAUUGACACAGCCACUGAGACAGAUUUGGAAGCAGAAGCAUUUUUUAAACGAUGUCAAAACAUGUAAAACAUCAUCACGUUCUUCUGUUUCUCUCUUUAUUAAUCUUUCACCAUUCCUACCCCAGGCCCAUAAUCUAAGCUAGUGAAUUAAGAAUUAUUUCUUUGCCCCAAUCAGUAGGAUUUGUAUUUAAGUAAUGUAGUCUGCCCUGUAGCCAGUAAUCUUCUCUCUCUUUUGUCUGUAGCGCUUACUGUGUAAGCUGUUUGUCACUUUGUCCACUAUGUGGACGUUUCUAUGUUGCCUCGCACCGGGGCACUGGUUGAUUCCCCCUCAGUCAGUUAGUUUUUGUAGUUCUAACAUGCUCUGCUUCCAAAUCAAAGUCCGACCAAAAAACCCUGGCAACUUUAAAACGAAGCAAACACAUCUAUUGAACUUGUUUUCUAAUCACAACAUUACGUUUUGUUCUAUUAUUGUAAUUGACUGUGCUGUCUGUAUAAUUAUACAUGAUCUCCAUUUUGAUCAUGAUUAUAUUUUUUGUGGUGUGUGCUGUGUAAUUAUAAGUAACUGCUGCUGA